AUGUCGAAUUCGUUCCCAUCUCUGGCGCACACUCCUCGAGCAUUCCCGCUACCGACCAUCUCAGAAGACACGCUUCAUUAUGUCCUUCAUCUCCCACCGAGCUACGAUCCCACCUCGACCGCUUUACUGCUCACUCAAUAUGUGGAGUCAUUACUCAUACAGCCGUGGCUGUGGAACAAGGAUUCAUGGGAAUUGAAAGUUUCUGUUAAUGGAGAUAAGUUGGAAGGCACGAUGAGAGUGGGAGAUGCAGUUGACGAUGAGUGGUUGGUAGUCUGGUUAUUGUUGAAGAUCAGUGAGAAAUGGCAAGAUGUCGUCAUUGGCGUGCGAGAUACAGAUGGCGAAUUCCUGUUGAUCGAAGCUGCCAACGAACUUCCAUCUUGGGUCUCACCUGAAAAUGCUGAAAAUAGACUUUGGCUUCAAGGUGGACAUCUACAUCUGAUCCCAUUAUCUAUACGUUCAACUCCAUCAAGCUCGAAACCGAGACAGAUACCGGAUGAUGAAGACAUGGAGAAACAGUUCGAUCCCGAGUCCUACAUAUCUGAAGAAGACGCUAUCAAAGCUGUUCGGACUGGUAGGUACAGAGUGGAUGAGAAGAUGGAACAAGCAGUCUGGGAUAGGAUAUCAUGCUAUCCAGACGCUCUAAACACUCAUCAACAUAGGACUAAAGCAUAUCUACCUGUUCCAAUAGCUAAAGCUCUGAAGAAGAAUCUAGAGUUGAUACAGAAAGCUGUCGAAGGGUUUUAUGUCAGAGAUCCAUCUCAACUACGUGCUGCAGCACGUAUGACUCAUUUCGCACCUUCCACAUCUAUUCUUACACCUAUCACAAUGACCCGAGCUGCAUACGCUCAGCUGCAAGGCCAGGCUUUCCACCCACCGAGGAUAUUCGGUCCGGAAUGGCAUGUACCUGAUGAUCCAAAUAACGAAGGCGAAAAACGAUGGAGGGAUUUGGGUAUAAAGAUAGCAACGGGAUUCGAAAUCAUGUACAAGGAGGGUGGUAACAAACAUCGAAGCGGACCCAACAACCAGAUUGAGGACGGCUCUUUGGUUAGUGACGAAGGGUAUAAGGUAUUUUUGUAUAACUUGAGGGAAGCGGGAUGGUUCGGUGAUGAGUUGGAAGGUAGUGAGAAGUGGAAAGUGAGAGAAAAAGAAGCUAAAAAGGGAUAUCAGAGUAUCAAAUCUUCCGAUACUGCUUCCCAAAGACCUUCAUUCGCUUAUCUGGUUGACUCGGCAAUUUCAUCUGCCUCAGAUCUCGUUCCCGGAACACUGAAAGUUGACUCGUCAUAUGAGGAAGAUAGUGAAUCGUGGUUGGAAGUCUCACCUGACGAAUUGGACGGGAUGAUGAUGCGUGCAUCUGGGCGUACAGCUAAACCUGGAGAGAAUACAGAUGGAAAGGCAGAAUUGGGAGAGGAACAUGGUCAAGCAUUACAGGAUUUGGCUAAGAAGGUAGAAGAUUUCGUUGGUGGUCAAGGUGAUUUGACUGGUGCGAGAUUCGAAGAUGAAUUAUCGGAUGAAGAUAUGGAUGACUCCGAUGACGAUGACUCAGAAGAAGAGAGAAAGACAUUAGAAGCUCAAAAGGAGAACCGACUGAAGAACCUUAUCGCACCUCUUCCAGAUGACCAAUGGGGUAAGAAAACUCAAACUCGACAAGAAGGUUCUUCUGCGUCGAAAAAUGAUUCCAUGUCGUCGAAAGAUAAAGUAAAGAAAGAAGUUAAAUUCGAUCAUAAAGACAUUUUCUCCUCUUCAUCGUCUUCGGCAAUCAGACCACCGAGAUUCGCCAAGCAAGAGUAUGACGGAGUAGUAUCUGAAUCUUCGGAUGAAGAUGAGGCAGAGGAUGAGUUACCUCCAGCGGGGACAAUAGGAAGGAAGAUCGCUCAGAUGAAAUGGUCUGAAGGUGAUCGUCGAGCUCCCAGGAGCGCUACGAUCGAAGAGAUCACCGAAGAAGAUGAAGAGAUGGAAAGACAGAGUCAGCUGAAGCUGGAUGGUGAUAUUGACUUAGAUGAGGAGAUGCAACGGCGUGUAUGGGGUGAUCCCGAUGAAGGGGAAGGUGAUGAUGAUGACGACGACGCGGACGAUGGGAUGGAAGUAGACGUAGAUAUGGCUGAAGAACAGGAAGAAUUUCUCAAAUUCGCUAAAGAAGCUUUGGGCAUAAACGACGAUUUGUGGAAAGGGAUCAUAGGGGAUAGAGAAGCACGAGGAGCAUUCGUUCCUCAGAAUGGAUCUGGAUCUGGAUCGACUUCGAAAUUCAAACCAUCCGAUUUGCCUCAGCCUUCCAACAAAUCCAUCAACAAGUCGAAAGUCAAUAAUGGAAAGAAAGUCCAAUUUGAUACAGGUUCCGAGGAUUCACCACAAUUGACCACUCAACAAGGUAAUUCAUCCUUGAGCUCAUUCGACGAAGUUAUGAAAGCCAUGGACGAAGAGCUAUCAAAGAACAAGCCUCAAUUAUCUACAAACAAAGAAAAACUAAAAUCGAAAUCAAAGUCAAAGUCAAAAUCUUCCUCUCAAGCUUCAUUAAACAAAUCCCAAAAUCCGAAACCAUCUUCAUCAAAUCCUUUACCUCCUCUUCCUACCGAGGAAGAUCUUGAGAAUAUGGAAGAGGAUGACCUACUAGCUAUGGACAGAGAACUUAAAGCAGCUCUGAAAACCGCUGGUAUAUCAGAUGACGAGGAUGAGGAUGAUGAAGAGAUGAGAGAAGAUUUAGGUCAAUUGGGAGAAGAUGAUAAGAGAGAAUAUGAAAUGAUGAAGCAUUUCUUGGAAAGUUACAGAUCACAAUCUGGUAGUAGUGGAGUAGUAGGUAACUUGUUCGGUAGAUUGGGUAAUGAUAACAAGCAAUGA